ACGUGGAAAUAUUAUAAAUAGAAAAUGAGCUCGAGGGCAUAUUUACCAGUUAUAAAGAUGAGGUCGACCGAGCUACUGGUACUCGUGAGUGCAAUGUUCUUACUUGCCGAUGGCAGUAUGGUAAACAAGGAUGUUUGGCUUCGACCUGGAUGCCACAAAGUUGGAAACACCAGAAAGAUUUCUAUUCCCGAUUGUGUGGAGUUUAACAUUACGACAAAUGCAUGCCGCGGAUUUUGCGAAUCGUACUCUGUUCCCUCAAUCCCAUUGGCGGGAGUGUCACUGGCUGGUUUGUUUAAGCCACCAAAACCAGUCGUGAGUGUUGGGCAAUGCUGUAACAUGAUGAAGUCGGAAGAGAUACAACGUCGCGUGUUGUGUAUUGAGGGAAUUCGUAGCGUUACAUUUAAAAGUGCAGUAUCAUGCAGCUGCUACCAUUGUAAAAAGGACUAAAGAUGUUCCAAUAAUGAAGUUGAACACUUUUUAAAUUUUAUUGAGAACGACACUUACUAAAAUUUACCUAUUUCAAUACUUAUAUAAUCUAAUAAUUAUACCAAUAAU